GCCGCCGCAGCUGCUCCGGCUGCCGGCUGGCGGCCCCGCACUUGCCGGCUCCGCUUCCGCUCGCUCUCCUCUCUCACGCACCCUUCCAACUCUCCUUUCCCUCCCUCUCUCCUUUUCGUUGACCGCCUCUCUUUGCUGCUGUCGCCGCGGGUGCUCCUCAAGCCGAGCGGAGAUUACACAGCCGUCGGGAUGCCCCAGCUCUCCGGGGGAGGCGGUGGCGGCGGGGGGGACCCGGAACUCUGCGCCACGGACGAGAUGAUCCCCUUUAAGGACGAGGGCGACCCCCAGAAGGAGAAGAUCUUCGCCGAGAUCAGUCACCCCGAAGAGGAAGGCGACUUAGCCGACAUCAAGUCUUCCUUGGUCAAUGAAUCCGAAAUCAUCCCAGCCAGCAACGGACACGAGGUGGCCAGACAAGCUCAAACCUCUCAGGAGUCCUACCAUGACAAGGCCAGAGAACACCCUGAUGAAGGAAAGCAUCCAGAUGGAGGCCUCUACAACAAGGGACCCUCCUACUCGGGUUAUUCCGGGUACAUAAUGAUGCCAAACAUGAAUAACGACCCAUACAUGUCAAAUGGAUCUCUUUCUCCGCCCAUCCCGAGAACAUCAAAUAAAGUGCCCGUGGUGCAGCCAUCCCAUGCGGUCCACCCUCUCACCCCCCUCAUCACUUACAGUGACGAGCACUUUUCUCCAGGAUCACACCCGUCACACAUCCCAUCAGAUGUCAACUCCAAACAAGGGAUGCCCAGACAUCCUCCGGCUCCUGAUAUCCCCACCUUUUAUCCCCUGUCUCCGGGUGGCGUUGGGCAGAUUACCCCACCUCUUGGCUGGCAAGGUCAGCCUGUAUAUCCCAUCACGGGUGGAUUCAGGCAACCCUACCCAUCCUCACUGUCUGUCGACACUUCCAUGUCCAGGUUUUCCCAUCAUAUGAUUCCUGGUCCUCCUGGUCCCCACACAACUGGCAUCCCUCAUCCAGCUAUCGUAACGCCUCAGGUCAAACAGGAGCAUCCCCACACUGACAGUGACCUAAUGCACGUGAAGCCUCAGCAUGAACAGAGAAAGGAGCAGGAGCCAAAAAGACCUCACAUUAAGAAACCUCUGAAUGCUUUUAUGUUAUACAUGAAAGAAAUGAGAGCAAAUGUCGUAGCUGAGUGUACUCUAAAGGAAAGUGCAGCUAUCAACCAGAUCCUAGGCAGAAGGUGGCAUGCCCUCUCCCGUGAAGAGCAGGCUAAAUAUUAUGAAUUAGCGCGGAAGGAGAGACAGCUCCAUAUGCAGCUUUACCCAGGCUGGUCUGCCAGAGACAAUUAUGGUAAGAAAAAGAAGAGGAAGAGAGAGAAGCUACAGGAAUCUACAUCAGGUACAGGUCCAAGAAUGACAGCUGCCUACAUCUGAAACAUGAUUGACUUCCUUCAGCCCUUUGAUGCACGUGUCCAGAACUUCCAAGCUUGCAUGUUGUUAGAGUGUCAGCCUCCCAAAGAGAGGAUGAAUCUUUCAAAUUCUGGAGAAAGGACUCUGCUUAGCCCAGCUUGGGUCAAACAUCUAUACCCUAAUUGACAAUAAACUGUGGCCACAGGAGACAGUUAUAUUUACAAAAUAAAAUGGCUGUCAGAGCUCAUUGCUGUAACCUUGGGGUUGGAGUUGGGAUAAUGAAGAGGGGAUCUAGGCAGCAACCCAACAGGUGUCCACUACAGCUCACUCCCAAGUUGGUUGUUGGGGGUAUGUUAGAUUAAGAGGGGGUUUUAUCUAGGUAGCUGUGUGUUAAUGGUGAACUUGGGAGAGGAUCAUACAUAUGGUGAGAGCUUUUAAAAUCUCUGCUGAAGUAUCCUUCCCAUCAAUUCUCUUUUCUCUCCUUAAUGAUCAUAAGGCCUAGAAUUGUGCUUCACUUGCUUUGGGAAGCAGAAACAGGGAAAGGGACCUGUGGCUAGCAAGACUGAUCAGGUGCCAUUAAAAAAUAAUAAAAAACAAAAAAAACAAACCCAGUGUCGUUGAAUCGAUUCUGACUCAUAAUAGGUGAGAGAAAUAAUAAGUAAAGGAGAGAAGUACAUGAGGCUCGUGAAAACCCUCUUGAGACACUUUAUAUUUAGUAUUGCUCAUAAAAGCCCACAGAAUUGAACUCAGAUCAAUGCAACAGAAUAGUCUGUAGAAUUAAAAAAGAAUUUUUUUUUAACAAAUUUUGUUUAAUAGAACAUUUUUUCACUGAUCUGUGUGGAACAGUGAGGAAUAGCUCACAAUCAAGGAGGUAAUGCUUACCCCUAGGUUCACCUCUUUAAGUAUCAAAACAUUUUUUAUUUUAACUCUUGGGUGCAACUGUCGUCUUCAACAGAGUAUGCUGAAAAGAAUUCAAAGCUUUCUUCAUGCUUCAUGCCAUUAUUCUACAGUGCAUAUAAUGUAAACCAUUGCCAUGGAGUCGAUUUUGACUCAUAGCAACCCUAUAGGACAGAAUAGAACUGCCCCAUAGGGUUUCUAAGGCUGUUUCUUUAUGGGAGCAGACUGCCACAUUUUUCCCUCCGCAGAGCAGCUGUGUGGGCUCGAACUGCUGACUUUUUUGUUAGCAGCAGAGCACUUUAACCACUGCACCACCAGGGCUCCUUGCAGAGAAUGUGGUAUAUGUUAACAAGGAAUAUGGUGCUGUCAGCCACUAUUCUUAAUGUCCCCAGAUAAUGUGGGAUUUUAAGAGUCUGCUUUUUAUAAUUAUUUUUUGUCUUCCUUUGCCGUCUGGGACUAUCCCCCUUUCUUCUUUAGUACCCUCUUCCUUCUUAUCCACUGUGUGGAUUUAGGAACCAGAAAACUAAGCUUAUCUGAAUAAUGUAUAAAUGUAAAUGGGGUCUGAGUUGGGGUAUGAAGAGCUCUUUUAUAAAGAAAGGUAAAAUACGUUAUUUUUUGUAUGAAUUUCUCGAUAUUUUUAUACUUUGAGGGUUUUUUAACUUCUUUCUCCUCUCUCUUCCGCUGUGUUCUUCAUAACUGAAGCUGCCAGGUAAUUGAGAUUGAAAUGAGUGAGGUAAUACUGCUUAUAACUGUCCACAAGAUUUAGCAAAGUAGCUUGUAUUUAUUAUUUUUUUUUGAGAAAAUGAGGAAAAAAAAAUGGAAGUAUUUCAGUUCCACAGUACUUCCUCACUUUUUUGCUUAAGUUUUCAUUCCUAUCUAGCCUGACAUUUUCUAAAUUUUUAGGUACAUGACUGUAAUAACAAAUUCAGUUGCUGCCCUUUUGGAAAUACCUUUCUCAAAUAGGGUAAUUUUGGGGGGACAUUCUGUUUUAUAAGGCAUGUAAUUAUUUUGCAGAAUACUCUACUGGUCUUAAUAUUCCAUGAGAAGUCCUUUAAAUAGUAUGAAUCUUGGCUACCCCGAACAUGUCAUGUGACGUUGGAACAGCAAAAUGGCACUAGCAUUUAUGUACCACAUAUUACGUCCUGGGUGCUUUAACAGACGCCUUUCCGUAUGUUACCUCAUCCCUUUCUUGGGGCAGUCUGUACAGGGAUAGAUCUCAUCCCUCUUUGAGGAAAGGGAAAGCAUCAGUAGCUUGUCCAGAACCACACGGCUGGUUGAGGAGCAGUGUCAGAUUUCAACCUGGGUGUGCUUAUCUGUACGUCCAAGUCUUGACCCACUACAAUAACUGACAUUUAUUGUUCCCUCACUGUGCCAAGCCCUUCACAUGUAUUAUCUCCUUUCGUCCCCUCAAACACAAUUUAUGAGCUAUAGUGACUUAAUCUCCUUUUUACAGAUGAAGAAACUGGAGUGUUUGGUAUUUGCAAGUAACUUGCUCAAGAUAACCCAGGUAGUACCUGAUAGAGCCAGGGUUCAAACCAGCCCGGAACAGUCUGCCUACAAAGCCCAUGCUCAUAACCCACAAUGCAUUAUUGCCUGUCUGCACUGUGUACAGAAGCUCUGGUGGCACAGUGGUUAAGAGCUAUGGCUGCUAACCAAAAGGUCAGCAGUUGGAAUCCAUCAGCCACUCCUUGGAAACCCUAUGGGGCAGUUCUACUCUGUCCUUUAGGAUUGUUAUGAGUCGGAAUUAACUUGACAGCAAUGGGCUACACCGUGUACACUUAAACAUACACACACACACACACAGGUAUAACGGUGGAAAUACUGGGUUUGAAAAGAAAAAAAAGUACGCACUCAUCUUGUCAUCUUAUUUUUAGAAGGUAGAGUUAACAUCUUUAAUGUAAGAUAACUUAUAUUGAGAGAAAUGUGGACUGGAUAAAGAAUUUAGAGGUGGGUAAUAAGACGGAUAUAUGUCUUCUUGAAGCAUUUCCAUUUACAGAACUAAAAUGGAGUUGCAAGGUUUUCUUUUAUGACUACUUAUUACUUUCCUCAAGAAUAUUUCUUUAAUUUUUCCAGCAGUAAGUAGUAAGGAUCUAGAGGGUAUUAACCUGCUAUUACUGGGAGGCCCACCCUUCCUGCUGUGAUAUCCCUUUCAUGAAUAGUGGAACAAAGAGAUCCCACCUACAUUUUCCACCUCUCAGGUUUAUUGAUAAGAUUCUGUACCACUGACAGUAUGUGCUGUUAGCAGGCAGGGACCUGUAUAACUGAAAUGGAGAAACGGACGUAUGCUGCAAAUUACCUUUUUUUAGCAGGUAUUGUAUGAGGUUUUUUUUUUUAUUGUAUGAGGUGGUGCUGAAUCGAUUUUUUUUUUUUUAGGUAAAAUACGGAUUUUGAAAAAUUUUUACGUGGGACACAUAUAUCCCUCUGAACUCUGGAGUAGAAUUAGGGGGACAUAUAUGUCCCUCUAGACUCUGAGGGUAGGAUUUUUGGGAUGAGGCCAGAAAAAAAAUCCUUGUUACUUACCAAAAGUUCAGACACACUCAGUGAUUGAGCAUGCAUUCCAUUAAUGAAAAAACAUUAUAUAAACAAAAAAUUAAUUCAUUCAUGAUGGGGAUAUACACAGUGAAACCUGCAAAAGUCAGAAUCUGUGUAAGGUGGAAAUCUCUUAGAGAAGGAAAACUCAAAUAUUUUCCACUAAACUGAGCAGGGGAAAAGUAGGAAGACCGCACCCUGCCAAAGGUAGAAAACUUGUGAGACCUGGAAAAAUAAGGCAGUCCCAUCAAGUUCUGGCUCUUACAGGUUUCACUGUAUAUCCUCACAAGGGAGACACAAAGAACAUAUCAGGAAAAGAAACCAACAGCUACAGAUAUAAACCAAAAAUUCCUCUGGAAUAAUUUAUUAGUAGUUACAGACCAGUCUCAGUGUCAUGUUGACAUGGCCAAACUCUGGUUUAGCUGAUCAUAAUUUACCCUGAAUAACUCCAGGGCAAGGAGCCACACAGAUUCAGUGGUGGUAUCCAGUUGACCCUGCCUCAGUAUAUCCUGAGUCCAAGGACAGAGUUAAUGGCUCAUCACAGCCCUGACACUUCCUUCCCUUCUCCAGGUUUUGGGAAUCUUCUUUUUGUCUCAGGGCUUUGUGGUAGAAGACUGAAUAGUCUUGAAUAUUAGGACUAAGGGCUAAUUUAAUUGCGUAAAGAAGACUCAGUGCUAUUCUUUCUAACCACAUUAUCAUUUUUCCUUUUUCUCUAACAUUUACUGCUAAGGAAUAGAAGCUGGCCUUUGUAUGUUCAAUCUUAGUGGAGAAUUAAAUUUUGAAGUUAACUCCUUCCUUGUGUUCUCUAUCAUCCUGCUUUCAAGCUGGUCAUAGGGUGGCUGCAGUAUUGUAGACCUAGCCCACCUCCACAAUGAUAAAGGUUUUAGUGAUGAGUAAUGAGAGAUGAAGGGAUGGAUAGACAGAUGAAUGGGUGGGAGGAAGAAGAGAAAUGAAUGAUAAUAUCAUAGUCUCCAAGGUAUGCUGGUGGUGCAGUGGUUAAGAGCUUUGGCUGCUAACCAAAAGGUCUGCAGUUCGAAUCCAUCAGCCGCCCCUUGGAACCCCUGUGGGGCAGUUCUACUUUGUCCUGUAGGGUUGCUAUGGGCCGGAAUCAGCUUGACAGCAGUGGGUUUGGUUUUUAAGGUAUGCUGGAAGAGAGCAUAUGUUUUAGGAAUCAAAGGCUAAUUCUGACACUUAUUGGUUGGGUGACCUCAGGCAAGUUAUUUGACCUCACGCAGCCUCGGUUUCCUUAUCCGUAAAUGGGGGGAAUAUGCAGAGCUUUGUGACGUUUGCGUGAAAUGGUGCAUGUAAAGCACGAGUCCCAGUGCCUGGUGCAUCAGUGGCCAGGGGACGUUGAUUUUCUUCCUUUCCCUCUCAUCAGCCGCUUACAGACCCGGGUGCUGGCCCAGCUCUGCCAGUCCCUCAGGCUCCCAUCUAAAAUGACAGGGUCCUGCUCGCUGCAUCACCCUUGCUUCCUGCUGUGGAAGUCUGUGCUUUUCUUCCUUCAAAAACACAUGUGACGUUGUGCAACAGAAGAGUUCACGCCCUAAAAUUACAGGCUUUUGUCAGUUUUCCCCAAGGCAGAAAAACAGGCAGUUGGCAGGAGGCGUGUGGUGUGCUGUGAGGCAAUUCGUGCAGUUAUAAUCUGUGCCUGUUUUCACCUCUCACAAAACUAAUCUCUGAUAUUCUGUCCUCAAAUUUCAUGUCAUUAUGAAAAACAUUUUAAGGUUUUUGCUCCUUUUCCUUUCUAAUAGCAAUUGAGAGUGGGAGGUGAGCUGAGGGGGGAGGAGGGAGGGAAUGGUCUUUAUUCCAAGCCACUUUUUUGGGUUCCUCACAAAUUCUAAAUAAGGAAGUGGCAUUCCUAUAAGGUUGCUGAGUCGGAAUUGAGUCAAAGGCAAUAGGUUUGUUUUUUUUUAUCACUUGAUACCAAGAGGUAUUUUCCGUGUUCCUCCUGGAGCCCAGCUUUGCUGCCCCGCUUGGCCUGGGUAGCUUGAGCAGACAGAGUGCAUCCUGGGCCGUAUGGCAGAGAGCAGGUCUCCACCCUUCCUCCAAACCCUCCUCUCCUCCACCUCAGGUCACUAGUGGGCUUUUUUCCUUGACUUCUGAUGCCGGAGGACUGCCUGGGGAAGGGGGCUGGGGCAGUAGAACCCCAAAGAUACAGGCUGGCAAAGCACUCGCUUUUUGAUAAGAUUUUAGGGAGAAAGGAUUUUCCCCUUUCCAUUCUUCUACAUCUUUUUGUGUCAAGGUCUGGAAUGCCCUACAGAGUCAGUAUUGUCUCCCAGAAGCAGGCCCUUGCCUGACAUCUUUAGAUUUCCCUUUCCCUCUUAGCUCUUAAGUAAGUGGUUCUGCCCAUUUGGUCUCUGGCUCCAUUUGGUUACUAGGUGCCAUCAAGUCGAUUUGAACUCAUAGCGACCCCAUGUGACAGAGUAGAACUGCCCCAUAGGGUUUUCUAGGCUGGACUCUUUAUGGGAGUGGAUUGACAGGUCUUUAGCCAGUGGAAUCGCUGGGUUGGUUCGAACCACCAACCUUUCGGUUAGCAGCUGAUGCUUAACCAUUUUGCCACAAGGGUGCCCUUCAUUAGUGGGAUGUUUUGUUGAGAUUGGGAUUUGAUCUGUUAGAGCUUCUAAGGUUUCCGCUGGAGAGGAAGAGGGAGGGAGGGUCUUGUGCUGCCUACAGAGAUCCUGUACAAAUGCCCCUUGAGGUGACGACGCCCACCAGCAAGCGGGUGGAGGAGCCCAAGCCUUAACAUAUGUAGGACGGGCCUUGCCGGGCUCCUUUGAAGCCGAGCCGCAGCCAGAGCAGUAAUUGCUGGCUUUGAUUGCACCGCCGACUCUCUGGUGGAUGGGGCUUUGCUGGGGCUCGCCUGGCCUGGCAGAGCUUCAGCCGCAGCCCCCCAGUGAAGCCUUAGAUGUGGGAAGUCUCCAGUCUCCGGAGCCUCAUGCCUGUGGUUUCUUGAAAAGAAUCUUGAUUUGACCUGUUUUAUAUCUGUGAAGCAACCCUCUAAGGCCCCCAUAUCUCCCAUUUGAAGAGGAGUUGGGCUACCCUGAUGACCCUUUAUUUUAAAGGAGCAACUAGGGACAAACUGCGGCUUUAUAGGAUAGUGAGGCAGUUUCUAUGCGGGUGUAUUUAAAUACUGGUUACACUGUUGUAUCCCUGUGGGGACACGUCCCUUUUGGUAGGCAGUUGUACAGAGGAUCUUUGAAGCCAGCUUUUACAGCCUUUAUAGGAGGGUUGUAAGAGGACAAUAUGAAAUAGUAAAUAAAGGAGGGAAAAUGUAAGACUGUAGAAAGAAAUAGCUUUAUUAGAAGGUGGCGGAAUUCGUUCCCCCAGGGGUUGCACGUUGUCCUUGUGUUAAAAUGGGCCUUCUCUGGGAAGCCACGUUUGUUUUUGUGCUCAGCUAAGAAGGAAGAAGAAGGAGCUUUGGGGACAGAGCAGAAGGAGCAAGGAGGGGGAAGAAAGACUCUAGGGGAGUCUAGGCUGCUGUGGGUAGAAUGUGUUUGAGAACAGGGGACACAGCAGCGCAUGGAAGCUGUCUCUCAUGUCAGAGUCAGCCUGUGGACAGUUCGGGUUCUUCAGCAAGCCUGGCCAUUCUCAAUCACAGCACUUGUCCCAGGCGGCUGUGAGCUCCUGGCCCAGGGCUUCUAGGCCACUCCUCUCAGGAAGCUGAACACUGUCAUGUAGUGCUGAGAGGAAAGCCUGCAGGAAGACCAACCUGGACCAAACCUUUGAAAAUCUGUGAUGAAAAAGUACAACGUAAAUAAAAAUCUGUGGGGUGCUCUUAACCACCCUUUCCAGGCUCUGUGCUUGAGUCCUGUUCCUUUCUCCUUUGGAAAGGUAGGGCUCUUUAAUCCUCUUGUGCUAAGGAGUGGCAUUCCUCUUAAAUUGAAAAAUCAUAAUGCUGUAGUGUGUGUUUUCUUGUUAAGAGGAGAAAGGUUAAUUCUGCAAGAGACUAGGAAUUGGAAUUGUCACUGAAGACUUCCUGUUUGGGAUUUGGGGAUUCUCUUUUUUGAAAUUCAUUAUCAUCACCAAUAUUUACUGAAAAAGACUUACUGCGUAUACAUUACCAGGCUAACAUUAGAGAUCCAAGUUGCCCAGAUAUAUAGGUAGUUUCUUCACAGCUCCUGUCAUUCAUUUUUAGAUACAACAGUGGUAAAAAUUGCAGUAAUGACAAUAGCUAACAGGUACACAGGGCUUCCCACAUGGUAUGCACUUUUUAAGCGCUUUAAGAUACAUUAGCCAAGUAGUUCCUCACAGCAGCCCCUGAGGUAGGUACAAGCCACCAUUUCCAUUUUACACAUGACUCUCCUUUUUUUCUUCUCCUUUGAAAAGCACUGUGUAGACUAACUUGCUAACCAAAGUUUUGUUUUUACUAUUUAACUCUUUCAAAGCUUCCAUUUAUUUCUCCUCUAAUUUCUCUUUCCUCUCACGCAAAUAAAACUCAUAGAGGCGUCUGCUUUGAUUUAGAAUUAAAAAUUUGAAGGAGAUUUCUGCUAGUAACAAGGACACCCACAGCCACAAGCACAGGGUUGGGAUGGGCUGAGGCUGGCAAGGGAUCGAAGAAGAAUCCGUGUGUCCUCCGGCCUCUGUCUGCAGCUAAAGGAAAGCAGCCGUUCUAGGCUCAACGCGAGGCAAAGGUUCUUGGGUGAAGGAACUUUACUCUGCAACACUUUUCUUUCAAGUUGUCCUAGUCUCAUCUUGUUACCGUGUUUUUAUAUUUUAUUUUCAAUCCAUUUUUAAAAUCCCAGAUCCUUAAAGCUUUUUGGAUUCGGGGACUCUUCUUUUUUGAAAUUCCUUAUCAUCACGAAUAUUUAGUAACCUUUACUGAAAAGGACUUACUGCAUGUACAUUACCAGGCUAACAUUAGAGAUCCAAGUUGUUAAGAAGGAAAAAUGUCUUGAGAACCGUAAAGUCUUAACUGAAGAUGGAAAGGCGUCGUAUCUUGGGCUGUCUAUAUGAGUGGUCAGAGCAAGCACACCAUUUGCACUGGGGCCUGAUGCUAUGGGAGUAGGUGGUGCCCUGGGUAAUUGGAAUGGGCGAUAGCCCUGUGUACUGGCAUACGGUGGCUUACCACAGCGGACUGAAAAGACCAAACACUUCGGACUGACACAGGCCUUUUCUGGAUCUGGUCAUUGCCUACCUUUCCAAUUUAUGUCGGGCCAUGUCUACUGACGUUUUUCAAACAUGAUUUUUUUUUCUUUUCCUAUGACCCAAAGUGUUAAAUACCUUUCACAUCAUAAUCCUGUGCAGACACAUUUAGAACCAAAUUGUGCUUAUUAUAUAAUGUAUUUUGAGGAUUUGGGGCUACCAUAGAGCAAUCCAUGUGAGCCACCUACCAAAUCAAAGUAGAUUAAUUAAAUUCAGAGAUCUUAAGACAUGUGCUGUACUUAAUAGAGGCAGAAUCUUUUAAAGGUCUGUGGCAAAUUCAUAUUAAUAGCAUUUCAUUUGUUCCUU